GCAAUGUCGAACAAGAAGGGAGCUGUGCAGACGUACCUGUGGCACCCGAAGACCCAAUCAGAGUUCCUCGAGAAAGCGUUGUGGUCGACCGAGCCGGAAGAGCUCACGCUCAUCCCACGCUUGGAGUUUGCAGACGGCGUGAGCAAAGUGAGCCAGCUAUUGAGCAUCUAUCCGAAGGAUCAGACGACGAAGGACACUGGCUCAGAUGCUUGGGGCUGGGAGGUGAUUCAGGCUGCUGGCGCCUAUAGCGAUCUCCAGAAGGAAGUGGAAAGACGCUUCGCAGAGCUGCCGGACCCCAGCUUCUGUGACAAGGUGGAUGACCCUGAGGUGGAGACGCUGCUCACAGCUUUGGGCAGAUCGGACAAUGCAGCCGCGGCCAUGAAAGUUCUGGGGCCCCAUGCAGGCAAGGUCAAGCAAGCAAAGGAAGCAGUGACAAAGAUGAUCGCACAGCUGAGCCCGCCACAAGCCAGGGUGCUCAUCCGCCAAGUCAUGUUGCCGAAGAAGGCAGGAGUUGGCCUGCAAGUUGCCGGUCUAAAGAAGAUCGUGGACUUGCGAAUUCCUGAUCCGCUGGAGCUGUACACGUUCGUGUGGAGGAAAGGAGAGUGUCAGCGAGAUGUGGCAGGCAACAUCCUGUCGAAGGUGGCCACAUCUGGCGAGUUCCGUCCAGACGAUGUGCGCUUUUACUUCGACUACUUCGACAGAACGGACAAUCAAGAUGACCAAGCUUAUGUGGCGCAGAUCAUGCUGGAUCAGCUCAUUGAGCAGCCGGAGUGGGUGCUGCCCUACCUCCCCAAGGUGGUCUCAAAGCUUGCCAUGGUGCCAGGGGCGACCAACAAAUCGGUACAAGCGUUGAAAUCCUGCACCUCAAACGUCUCUGACGUCGUGGAGGCACUCACGCAUGUGGUGCAGGCUUCUCGCCUGGCGGCCAGAACAGAUCCCAAGGUUAACAGGGAAGGAACCGAUGGGCGAGUACUCGCUGACCUGAUCAAUUUGAUUUCCUUUGGCCAAUUCACGGAGACGGUGAACUCCGUCGCGCGAAUGUCUCUGGAGGAUUGUGAUCCUGCAACUCUGAAGACGUUCCUGCGGGAGGCCUUCCAGCGGUGGGAGGACGCCGUGGCCGGAAACGACAGCAAUGCCAAAGGAUACUUCAGCUGCGCUUUAACUGCUUGGGUGAAGCUGCUGCGGCCGGGCCAGUACAACACCUGGGUGACUGAGCUAGCCGAGCUUGAGAAGCGCACCCACGCGAAGGGCAACGUGGAGAGCUGGGGGCAGAUGGCGCAGGCCUUGGCGGGCCAUGCACCUGACUUGGGCUUGUCUCCCGAUGAAUGGGAUCAGAUGCUGCAGGUUCUGCGAGCAUUCUUCGUCAGAUUACUCGAGGGCCCUCUCAGUGUCAAUGACGAGGUCCAGAAUGCAGUCACGCCUGCAGACGACACAUUUAAGAAAGAGAAUGCUUCGCGUGCCAAAAUCCGAAAUGAGUUGCUUGAGACUCAUUGGAUGAAGUUGCUGUCACAUGGGUGCACUGAAGAUGAGUCCAACGAGCUUUUCAAGCGAUGCCCGGAAAGCGAGAAAGUGAAGCUGGCGAGCAACCUCGUCCAGGAGUGGCAUAAAAGGAACUCCGAAGAAACCACGCGGGAGACCAAGGCUGCGGCAUUCCAGCAAGAGCGCCCGGAUGGAGGUUGGAAGCACACCGGUGGAAAGCCCGUCUCUCAAAUCACGGUCGGAUCUAUCGUCAGUGGCCACAUCACCAACUCCUCGAAAGAGUUCGGCGUGUACGUCAACUUCGGCUGCGAGAAAGACGGAAGGCCCAACUACAGGCGAUUUUGCACCUUGUGUUCCGAGGGAGCAGCAACUCAGCAACGCGCAGCGCAGGCGGCCAUGGUGGAUGACCGGGAUCGAGAGAGGGAAGAGACAGCUCUGCGGCAGGCCUACACCGCUGCAGCGAUCCGCAAGAAUGAGGAGAUCAUUGCGGCCGAGAUCCAAGCUGAAGAUGAUGGUCCGGAAGCUUCGAACCAGAGCCCGAAGAUCGAGAAGGAUCUCAAGGACCAAGAGGCCUUGCAGGUGACCGUGUGGUCCAUGAGUGGGGCGAAGCUUUGCAGCUUGCGCCUUGCUGCCACGGCUGCUUGCAGCGAUGUCAUGCAGGAAGCGGCCAAGGCCAGUGCAAUCCGGCAGUCGGAGUUGAAGCUCUUCUGGGAAGAUCGGGAGCUGGCUUUGAAGACUCGGCUCUCCGACAUCGCCUCCGGUUGCUCUCUGGACCUGAACCUCCUUCGCAUCGAUCCGGAGUGGCAGACUUUCAACGAGGUCGUCUCGUAUGCUGGUUGCCAGCUCGCCGUAGCCCCCGCCAGGCUCCAGGCGGACAAGCAGCUGGUUUUGCGUGCAGUCAGACAGAAUGGCCAUGCCCUGGAGUACGCCUCCGAGUCUUUGAAAGCAGAGAAGGAGGUCGUCCUCGCAGCCGUCCAGGAUGCUGGGCUUGCCCUGCAAUUUGCCAGCGCUCGGAUGCGAGACGACGUCGAGGUCGUUCAGGCGGCUGUGACCCAAAAUGGCAAUGCCUUGAACUUUGCCUCUUCAAGACUACAGGGAGAUGCGGAGCUGGUCUUGGCCGCAGUGGCUUCGCCUGGCGCUUUUCAGUUUGCAUCAGAAGCUCUUCGCUGCGAUCGCAACGUCGUCUUGGCAGCCGUGGACUUGAACGGCCUUUGUCUGGAGUUCGCUUCGGGGCAACUCAAAGAAGAUCGGGAAGUGGUGCUGACGGCUGUGCGACAGGAUGGGCUUGCCCUGGAGUUUGCUUUUGAGGAGCUUCGUGCCGACCGUGAAAUCGUCAUGGAAGCUGUGCAAGUGAACGGCUUGGCUUUGUGGGAUGCGCAUGAGAGCCUGAAAGCCGACAGAGAGAUCUUGGCAAAUUGCCGUUGGGGCUGA